AUGGCUGAGACCGCAGUAGCUCCCGUGGCUUCUAAUACCCGCAACGGCCGCGGGGUCUCCUGGAGAUACCAGGAGACUCUGGACUUGCUCGAAAUCUGGGGCGAGAGCAAGAUCCAGGAGCAGCUCCGGAGCAGCCACAGGAACAUCUACUUCUUCCAAUACAUUGCUGGCGAGAUGGCUGCGCGCGGCCACGAACGCACCGCCUUGGAGUGCCGGAACAAAACGAAGGUGAUGCGCCUGGAGUACAAGCGGGUGGUGGAUCACAAUUCCCGCUCCGGGAAUACCCGGGCCACCUGCCCUUUCUUCAGCGAGCUCCAUCGCAUCCUCCGCGGGGAUGCCAGCGUCACCCCGAAGCGGGUGGGGCGGAGGCACCUCUCGGCCGCUCAGCUGCUGCUCCCCUCCCCGGAAGACCUCGGGGCUGGGCUCUCCGCCGUCAAUGCCGAGGACCACGUGGACGAAAGAGCAGGCUUCAGCGAGGAAAUCCUGCCUGCAGAAGACCCCGCUGGGGAGCAGCUGCCGCCCGGGGGAACCCCCAGCCCUCUCCCAAACGCCGAACACAAUUCUGCUGAUGGCGGAGGUGCUUCAGGAGGACAGACGGAUGAUGACCGCCCAGGGCCCAGCGAUCCAUGUGCUAAAGUUGGUCCUGCCAUCGCUAACCCCAUGGCAACUCUUUCGCCGUCUGCCCGCCUCGGCUGGCACAAGGGCAGGAGGCAGAGGGGGGAGCGCACGGAAACGCUGCUGCUCCAGCUGGUGGAGCAGAACCGGCGGGAGCAGGAGCAAAUGACGGAGGAGCGGGCGGUGGCGCGAAGUCUGCUGGCGGCUCUGGACAAAGAGCGAGAGCAGGAGCGGCAGGAGCGAGAGCGGGACCGCCAGGAGCGGGAGCGGGACCGCCAGGAGAGGCACCAGGAGCGGGCCGAGGAGAGGGCCAGGGCCCAGGAGAGCAACCGGCUGUUUAGGGAGAGCAUGCUUGCCAACACAGAGCUUCUGCGUGCCCUGGUGGCUCGGAUUGGCCCCCUGAGCGAGACGCUUGUGUCUAGCCAGGGGGCGAGUUACGGCAGUCCCCAGCCGCAGAGGGAGCGUCGCUCCCGACGCAAGAAGGUUAAGCCCUCCUCAGCGGACUGUUAUGGAGGGGAAGACGGGGAUGUAGGCCGGGAUUCACAGCUACAGCUGAGCCGCCCUCCAGAGGGAGGAGUCGUCCCCGUGCCCAGCAGUGCCUACGCAGAGCCUUUGGAUGGAACACAAGCCGGCCCAGCUCUUAGGGCAGAUGAAUCCUGCUCCAGCCCGGUCAUCCCGCAGCUCCUACACCCACCGCUUGAGCCAAGCCUGGAGCCCCCCAUUUCAAGCAGCGACUCGCUCCAGGGAGACAGUUCGGAUGCUGAGACCUUCACAGACUGCCCAGAGGAGGGUCCAGCUGCGUCUCGGCCCCCUGCUUCCGCCCCUGUCUCUCCACUGCUGGCCACACCAGAAAUGCUCCUGUACUCAAAGGAGGAACACUUCCUUGAAACGGAAGGGACUCGGCGCCACCUUCCUCGGGAGGAAGGAGUCUAAAAACCACAACUCCAAGCAAGGCCGGCUUCCUCCCAGCUGUCCUGGAGCCUUCCUCUGCGAGACAAAAGACUGACCUUUCGCCCAGGUUCAUUUUCUCUCUCACACACCCCUCAGGCCUUGUAGAAAGAACUGUUGUAUCAUUUCAAUAGGCACUGGUGGGGCAAGGGGUGGAAUCUCAGAGCUCACCUUCUCCCAAACCAAAGCUCCACACGUCCGGAACGAGGCCCUUCUGCUCCGUGUGUAGAGUCCUUCCACGAUUCCGUCCGCCU